CACGGAUAUUAUCGAAAAUGAGAGGCAGGCAUGGGAAGCACUUGAGAUUAUCCAGCGGCUCUAUGCUCCUAUUCACGACAAUUACAGUUUUGAUGGAUACGUCCCUAGCAAACUCUUUAGAUCUGUCGAGGCAGAGCUUCUACUAGAGCUCUACUAUCAAAUUGGCAUGUCCCGGUGGCAGUA